UACAUCACCUCCAUUCCCAGAAUCAAUAAGGAAAUACCUAGUUGGCGAGCUUCAGGUUGUUGUUUACAGUCAUGGCGGGCACUCGUGUCUCAUGUGGCUUGGAAUAUCCCAAUGUUUACGAGCUACACGACAGCCUCCACGACUCGUCAAGAGCUGGAUAUGACUUUAUAUCUGUUCCUCUUGCUCACCCAAGAUUCACUAGAGAGCAUGUGGAAGGCAAAGCUAAGAAGCGGUCUGGAGCCUUCACUCGCUCGGAUUUACUCCUUAGCAGUUCAGAAUGGAAUAGCCUGAUUGUGGGCCGCAUUAGCCCAACUGCCAUCCUGAAUUUGGAGUCCCCAGUUAACAGCCUACGUCAUAACAGUGAAGAAACUAUCACACAAGAACUUACCUUUGCUGCCCAUUUGGGGCUUCCUGCAGUAAUGUUCUCUCUCUCGACAGAGAGGUGUACGAAUAUCGCAAGAAUCAUUCACAACAGAGUUGUCCAAGGUGUAUGUUAUCAGGUAUGGGUGAGAGUUCCAAUGCAGGCACCAGAGGAAAUUGCGGCCCAGCAUCGCUCGGAUAAAAAAACUAGCGAAGAUGGAUUUGACAUAGAUACGUGGGCUUGGUGGAACAGGUUUCACACUAUUGCAAAUAUUCAGAAAAAAAUUGGCUUGGCUCUGGAAGUUUCGGCAGAUCUCCCAGACCAAUCUGUUAUUGACAGGUGGUUAGGAGAGCCUGUGAGAACUGCUAUUCUUCCUACAUCUAUUUGGUUAACUAACAAGAAAGGGUUUCCUGUUCUCUCUCGUGCUCACCAGCUGUUUAUAAAGGGACUAUUUAAACUGCACGCUCAGUUUGUCAUAUCUGGACCACUCCGACAUCAACACUUCAAGUUAUAUCAGCAAUAUCUGGAACACAUUAUCAGGGCGCAGUUAGAGAUGGACCCACUGACAGACUUUGCUCGUGGAUAUGAGGACUACCUUCAGUGUCCACUACAACCUCUAAUGGACAACUUGGAAUCUCAAACUUAUGAGGUUUUCGAGAAGGAUCCAGUCAAAUACUCCGAAUAUGAACAAGCAAUGUAUAUGGCUAUUUGUGAUAAAAUUCCCGAAGAAGAAAAGGAUACGAAAGAGAUUAUCCUGAUGGUUGUGGGUGCUGGUCGUGGCCCACUGGUAAGGAGAGCUCUGGCUGCAGCGAAGGGAGCCAAGAGAAAAAUUAAAGUAUAUGCUGUAGAGAAGAAUCCAAAUGCUGUGGUGACACUUCAGGCACAGCAGGAUGAAGACUGGGGAGAUCAGGUAACUGUGGUAUCGUGUGAUAUGAGGGAAUGGAAUGCUCCUGAGCAAGCCGAUAUCCUGGUGUCUGAACUACUAGGUUCUUUUGGAGACAACGAGCUUUCCCCAGAAUGUCUUGAUGGUGCUCAAAAAUUUCUAAAAGAGGAUGGGAUAAGUAUACCCUGCAGCUACACGUCGUUCUUGAGUCCCCUCCAGUCGCCCAAGCUGUACAAUGAGAUCAGAAAUUGUCGGGAGAAGGACAAACAUUUCCUUGCCCAUUUUGAGACCCCAUAUGUGGUGUACUUGCAUAACAAAAAGGAGCUGGCGCCAUCACAAGCACUCUUUACCUUCACUCAUCCAAAUAAAGGUAAGUGUAGGCACACGAGGGCUCAGCCAGUCACGUAGGUGCACAAAUGUUUU